AUGAGCUCCGCGGUCCAGGUACGUUUUUUUUCAGGCUGGCCGAGGCCCAGCACCAACUUCCUUAGGCUGGCGUCCAGCGGCCAGGCCGGGUUCCGAAUCGAGAACCACGGCACUGCGCGGCAGCCACUGUCACGGCACAAGUACAAGCGGCCGGGCCACCCGACGGCCGUGCCGCUCCACAAGCUCUUCUCGUCGCAGUUUCCGCUUUCGCUCAGACAGCUGGUGGAGGACUAUGCCAUGCGGGACAACCCGCUCCGGUUGCAGCACGACUUGUUGCUGGCGCUCCCGUUCUUCCCCGGGCCCGACGGCCGGGGCCGGCGCGGCGAAGUCGUGCAGACCAGGCUCCUGUCGGGCGAGCGCAUCAACGAGUUUGUCAUCUACCCGGCGAGCCGGGCCGGGCAGCACGUGGCGCCCGGCAGCAGGGCGUGCCGCAGCGUGAAGCACCUCAUCAUGGUGCACGGGUACGGCGCCGGGCUCGGCUUCUAUCUCAAGAAUUUCGAGGCGCUUCUGGCGCUCGACGACUGGGUGGUGCACGCGGUCGACUUGCUAGGCUACGGGUGCUCGUCGCGGCCCGCGUUCACGGCGCAGUCGUUGGCGGCGGUCGAGCGGUUCUUCCAUGACUCGUUCGGGGAGUGGCUCCGCGCACGCGGCUUGGCCGAGCGCCCGCAGCAGAACAUGGUCGUGGCGCACUCCAUGGGCGCGUAUCUCAUGGCCACGUACGGGAUCCAGAAGCAGCGCGACUUCUGCGCCAAGCUCGUGAUGGUGUCGCCGGGCGCGGUGAUCAAGCACCGGCGCGCGGUCGUGGUGCCGCCGUACUUUGCGCGGCUCUGGGAGCGCAACAUCUCGCCGUUCUCGUUGGUCAGGAACGCCGGGCCCUUGGGGUCCAAGCUCGUGAGCAUGUGGUCGUCGCGGCGGUUUGCGCGGCUCCCCCCGGCCGAGGCGCGGUUGCUCCACCGGUACGCGUACGGCAUCUUCCAGAGCCCCGGUUCCGGCGAGUACAUGCUCAACUUCCUCUUGGCCCCCGGCGCCGACGCGCGGCAUCCGCUCGUGUCGCGGGGCAUCGAGAAGCUCGCGUGCGACGUUCUCUGGUGCUAUGGCAAGGACGACUGGAUGGACAAGGCCGGCGGCGAGCUCUGCUCGGCCUUGAUCAACCGCCGUGCCGGCAGCGCGGUGAAGAGCACCACCUGCGAGAUUGACAAUGCGGGGCACCACGUGUACCUCGACAACCCUGCGGAGUUCAACGAGUUGGUGCUCCGCCAGAUGCGGAACUUUUGA